CAAAAAUUGUCAUCUGAUGCUGAUCCUCGUUCGUCAUAAAGGUCAUAAAGCGGUGCAAACGUGAAGCGGAAGAUUUCCCGGUGUUAUAAUCUGUAAACAAGUUGCUUUUAAAUGAUUUUAAUUCAGAGCAUUAGCCAGCGGAACAUCAAAUGAACGUAAUCCUUUUGUAAAACAUGAUCCCAACCUCUGGCUGAUCGAGAUCAACGAACAAAAUGGAGAACGUCAAUUCAUAUUAUUUUCUUGCUCCUGCAAUUAAAUCAUUCAACAGCAGCGGCGAUUCCUUCGAAUCCGAUCCAUCGUUGAUUUACAGCAGUUCCUCGGAUUCGGAUGUGAAUGACCUUACCGCCACUUUCCAGGAAUUGGUAAUUGAUGUGAACGGAAUGGUGAGGGAGCUUUUCGAGAAGAACACAGAUCUCCAUCGGGACACGGAUUCCAUCCGGCAGGACUUCAUUCGGAACGGCAUAGAUUCGUCAAUGACGGAGUGCCUCAGCUCGAGACGAUUGCCUCCUCCGGGAAUUGGUGUUAUCUCGAAAUGGCCGCUGUCCAUGUGCGAUAAUGAAUCAUCUUCCGCUACAAAUCCCAAUGGCAUUAAAACGGAUGACUCAGAAAGGAAACGCAAUAAGGGCGCAUUUCAAUCGUUCAGGCGUAAAAGGUCCAAAGAGAACGAAGACUAUUGCGUUUUCUGCUACAACAAUCGCGAGGAGCAGGAGACAUAUCUGGGGCAUUCAUGUCGCGAUGGAGAAGGUUUCGUCGUGUGCCCGAAGCUUCAGAGGUACGUGUGCCCGUACUGUCAGGCCACUGGACAUUUGGCCCAUACCAAAAAGUACUGCCCCAAAAAGCCGAUCAUCACACCAGACGACCUGCGAGGCAUGACAGUUCCAUUUGACGGGCCAGCGAACACUUCCGGACGUAAUCGAAGUGUUGGACGGGGAAAGAAAUCACUACGAUUUUAAUUGUUUUUUUUUAUGAAAUGUUUCUGACUGUGACAGAAGUCAAAGUUAUUCGGUGUUUAAGUUUGGUUAUUUUUUAUGAAUUGUAUUGUAACCGUUCUGUGCUAUAUGAGAAAUCGUCGAAUGAUUUUGUUUAAGGAAAAUUCGUUAAUCGAACCAUAGUGAUGAUUGUAUGUUCGAACGUACAAUGAAACUGUAUUUGCUUUGUAACUGUUUUGAUCUGAUUAUGUUGUAUUUUUUAUGCCUCUACAAACUCACGUUAUUUUAAAAAUGCUGCAUAAUGUUGAAAAAUCUUUUUUGUUCAGAGAAAUAAAAAAACGUGUUCGAUUUAGUUUUC